AUGGCGGGAGUGAGCUGCUCUCUGAGAGUACGGAUUCCUCUACUCCCACACCCCACGGUAACACUCCGGAAUUCCAUCCUCACUUUCAAUCUCCUACCUUUCACCAUCAUUUCUGACCGUUCCUCUUUGAGAGUCCAUCGGAUACAGUGCGGGGCAAAACCACCGGAUAACAGUCCCAGCAGAGAAACUCCGUCGAUACUGAAACUCGCAGUGACCGGAGCCACCGAGUUCCUAAGGCUUUUAUCUCCCAGAUCGGACAAAGCAGUUGAGAAACAAAGGGAUGAUGAGUUUUCGGUUUCGGGGAUUGAUGAUGUUGUGAUGAUACUGGAAGCUGAUUACAGGAAUGCGUAUUUUGUGACAGGGGUUUUCACGUCGGUGAUUAGUAUUUUCGAGGAUCCAACUAUUAGAUUUCAAGGUACGGAAUUGUAUGCUCGCAACUUGAAAUUGCUUGUUCCAUUCUUUGACUCGCCAUCGAUUGGAUUGGAGAAGAUCGAGAAGGGUAUUGAUUCUGAAGCCAACUUUGUGCUAGCAACAUGGAAAUUAAGGACCUAUCUGAAGCUCCCAUGGAGGCCUUUAAUUUCUAUUGAUGGAAGUACAGUCUACGACUUGGACGAUAAGUUUAAAAUUGUUAGGCACGCUGAGAGGUGGAAUGUUUCCGCAAUUGAGGCAGUUGGCCAGAUAUUCAGACCUUCUGGAAUAUCCGAUGACUGAACAUGCUCAGGUAGAAUCAGAACAAAAUUAUUCAAGCACAGCCAUUACUUUCUUCAUUCUCAAUGGGCCAUGCACCGAUAUUAUGAAAACCUACAUCUUGGAAAAUUGUAUCAGUCCGCUACUUCGGUUAGUGCUGUUUUCUACCAACUUUUAAGAGGGUGCAUAUUGUUUCUGGUUCUUCGUUUACUUGUUUUCAGCUACCAUUUUGUUUUUAUGUAAGGGGUUUCAGGUAUAUAAGCUCAUAGCUGCAUAUAUGUUUGGCCUCUCUAUAUCUGUAUCUGUAAAUUAGGUUAGCAACUUGUGUUUGAUUUAAGACCUUCCCCAUCGUUGAUUUGUACUGUCUAUUAGGUAAGCAUAAUUGUUAGGUCAAUCUCUGUACUUGUAUAUUUGGUAUCGUCAAUCAGGCCAGACAAUGUGGAUUUUGGAAACCCGGAAAACAGUUUGUCAAACCU